AUGGCCAAUGAUACUGGCGUCCCACUCCUGCCGGCCACCUACAUGAGCCUCCGGAAAUGGCUGGAAUCCGACCCAGAGUUUGGGAGAUCAGGGAGCUACAAGGGCUGCCGGCCAGCGGUUGUGCAUGGGCAACCUAGGGUUGUGGACAGCAGAUCAUGCAGACAAAUGUACUUACGGAGCUACACGUUCUCAAGAAAAGAAAGUGUUUCUGAGAAGACAAAGAAAUGUAUAGGCAAAGUUAAAGAGAGAAUCAAGAACAGAUCAUCAUUAUCAUCAUCGUCUUCGUCUAAAGCUAGCCAUGUCGAGAAGAAAAGAUUUGUUAAAGGAGAGUCUUUAAGGAGAGUUUCAUGUGCUGCUUUGUUCUCUAUGUUCAAGAGAUUGCUAUCUUGUACGGCCAAGGUUGAUGUGGUUGAAUAUGGAGAUCAAUAA